CGGGGCCGGGGGGCUGCGGGAGGCGCUGAUGAUGAUGAUGAUGAUGGGGCUGCGGGAGGAGAUGAUGGGGCUGCGGGAGGCGGCGGGACGGGGCUGAGCGACCCCGCAACGGGCUCAGCGCACCCCGUGUCUCUCCUCGCCCGGAUUUGGGAUCUACCUGGAGGAUCGCGUUGGGAUUUAUCAUCUCGCCUUUUCUUCCUUCUUUUUUUUUCCCCACCCGCCUCUAUUUUAUUUUUUUAUUUAAUUAUUAUUCCAUUUUUUUAAACGCACGUGGAGGAACUCGUGGCUUCCUAACAUGAUUUUGGCCAACGCCUUCUGCAUCGUCCUCUUUGUAGAUGAGACCCUCCGCUCGUUGGCCACCCCCCCAUCCCCCCCUGGGCAGGACCUGCAGGGCUGGAGGGUCCCGGUGGACUGUGUUCGUGCCAGCGAGUUGUGUGCAGCCGAGGGCAGCUGCAGCUCCCGGUACCGAACCCUACGGCAAUGCUUGGCUGGACGGGAUCGGAACACCAUGCUGGCUAACAAGGAAUGUCAAGCAGCCUUGGAAGUGCUGCAGGAAAGCCCGUUGUACGACUGCCGGUGCAAAAGGGGCAUGAAAAAGGAGCUUCAGUGCCUUCAGAUCUACUGGAGUAUACACCUCGGGCUGGCCGAAGGAGAAGAAUUCUACGAAGCCUCCCCCUACGAGCCCAUCACCUCUCGUCUCUCUGAUAUAUUCAGACUGGCUUCAAUUUUCUCAGGAAUGGACCCCGCCACCAACUCCAAAAGCAACCACUGCCUCGACGCGGCCAAAGCGUGCAACCUGAACGACAACUGCAAGCGCCUGCGCUCGGGUUACAUCUCCACCUGCAACAAAGAGAUCUCUGCCACCGAGCAUUGCAGCAGGAGGAAAUGCCACAAAGCCUUGCGCCAGUUCUUCGACCGCGUACCCAGCGAAUACACCUACCGCCUCCUCUUCUGUUCCUGCAAGGAUCAGGCGUGCGCCGAGCGCCGGCGACAAACUAUCGUCCCUUCCUGCUCCUAUGAGGACAAGGAGAAACCCAACUGCUUGGAUCUACGCAACGUGUGCCGCGCCGACCACCUCUGCCGGUCCCGGCUGGCUGAUUUCCAUGCCAAUUGCCAGGCUUCCUUCCAGUCUCUGACCAACUGCCCUGGGGAUAACUACCAGGCGUGCCUGGGCUCCUACACAGGGCUCAUUGGUUUUGAUAUGACGCCCAACUACGUGGAUGCCAGCACCACCAGCAUCACCAUCUCACCAUGGUGCUCCUGCAAAGGCAGCGGCAACCUGGAGGAGGAGUGUGAGAAGUUCCUGCGGGACUUCACCGAGAACCCCUGUCUCCGAAACGCCAUCCAGGCCUUCGGCAAUGGCACUGAUGUCAACCUCUCCCCCAAGAACCCCUCGCCUCCCAUCACAGUGCUGCCCAAGGUGGAGAAAAGCCCUGCCUUGCCUGAUGAUAUCAACGACAGCAACACCAUGUACGACACGAGCAUCAUCACCACCUGCACCUCCAUCCAGGAGCACGGACAGAAGUUAAACAAGUCCAAAGAGCAGAGCCUGUGCUACUCAGAGACCCAGCUGACCACAGACACGAUGCCAGACCAGAAGAGCUUUGUGGACCAGAAGGCAGCAGCCAGCAGCCGGCACCGGGCGGCCCAGAUCCUUCCAGCUGUGCCCAUCGUGCUGCUGAAGCUGCUGCUGCUAUAGGGACGAUUGCCGCGUCUCAGCUCGGGAGUGCUGGGCUCACCUCGGGGCUCCAGACUGCAAGCGGAACACCAGCGAUGCCCAAGGCCAGAAGGACCCUCACAGUGCUGGCAGACUUUGGUGGUUUUCUUUCUUUCUAUUCUUUGUUUUUUUGUUCUUUUUUUUGGGGGGGGUGGGGUUGGCCUUUUUGGUUCAUUUUUCUGCCACGUUGGGUUUCUACGCUCAAACGCGAGCCCAGCAAAACCCACCCAGGCAUCCACAAAGGGGAAGCAGCGUGGUCAGCAGCACCAGGGAGGGGAUAAAGGCAAUGAGAAGAGCUCUGGGAUGGGGCUGUCUGCAGGGCCACCAACCCAUCGUGCUGGAGGGACCCGCUGUGGGACAUGGGACAUUAGCGCAUCGCCGCGGUGCCAUUGGGGCUCCUUUGGGCACAGAGUGCGCUAUACCGCUCCAUGUCGUCCCCGGGAUCAUUUUAUUUCCAUUCCAGUGGUUGGAAAGAGUUUGAAAAUCAGAAAAGAAACCAGUAUUCAAACGGCGUGAGGUUGUCCUGCUCUUUUCUAUCUGUCACUUGGAGGGGGAGAUUGUCCUUUUAAUUAUAUCCCCCCACCACCUUUUCUUUCUCUUUCUUUCUAUCUUUCCCACCUUCAUUCCAUUGGAUUUGGGUUGGAAUGGGAUCCGACCCCAGGCUGUGGUUGGAAUCCUCUGUAUGUUACUCAGUUUUCUUUGAUAUAUACAUAUAUAGUGUAUGUAUAUAGCGCUCACCUAUACCUACGGAUAUGUGUGUAUAUACAUCACCAUAUACAUCUACAGCGUGGCUUUCUAACAUUCCCUUUCCCCUUUAUUUUACCAAAAGGAAGCUCUCAAACUGCGAAAAUGUAUUAUUGUAAAGUUUAUUUUUUUUAAACGAUGUCUAUAAUGGAAAUUAAUAAUAAUUAUUAAUAAUAAUUAAUAAUAAUAAUAAUAAAAGAAGAAGAAAGAACCGAGAGGAAAACCAAAGCAUCACCCCUAUGGGAGGAGGGGUCUGUGUCCCAUAGAGCAUCCCAAGCCUUGAUUCUGCACUGGGGGGUGCUCAGCUAUAGGAAGGCACAGAUUUGGGUCAAUCUGCCUGUUUGGCUUUGGGAGAUGAGCAAACAAGCAAACAUUCCAAAGGAGCUGAUGCGUUCUCAUGUGGCAGCGCUCUUUAAUGUGAAAUAACUUUAAAGCACCUCAUCCCUCUGUGCUGCUUUUAUUCCCCUCCCCCUUCCCCAGUGCUUAAAACCCAAAUGAAAGGUUGAAAUUUGGGUCACACAAAACCUCACGUUCCUCCCCAUCUCCCCUCCCCUAUCAGAAGCCCUUUUCCCACCUUGGUGCUUGCAGCAGCAGCACCCACCUGCAGGCAGCUCAGUGCAAUGGGGCUCCAAUGGCUGCCGAGACCCCCACUGCAAAAAGAGGGGCAGAUAUUCCCCUUUGCAAAGCAGAGAGUGAAAAACACGUUUGAUGUGCAAGUUGGCACGGGGAAAAUAAACAUGUCAUGUCUCUCGCCGGA